AACUAACACUUUCCUCUCUCUCUCUCUCUAUCUAAAACAGCAUCAAACACCAUCUUCCACCUCACAUGACUCGCACACUCAGAAUCCUCCAAUCCACGGCGGCGCCACCACCGGAAGCUGCCUCCGUGGAGUCAGACUUCGUGGUGAUCCUAGCAGCGCUCCUCUGCGCCCUUGUAUGCGUGGUUGGUCUCAUCGCCAUCGCGCGCUGCGCCUGGCUCCGCCGAGGCCCCGCCGCCGCUGGAACCUCGCCGGCGAUGGCACUCGCCAACAAAGGCCUCAAAAAGAAGGUGCUGAACUCGCUUCCCAAGUUCACCUACGUCGACGAGGGUAGCCGCAGCAAGUUGCCGGUGGUCUCGUCGGAGUGCGCGAUUUGCCUGACGGAGUUCGCCGCCGGCGACGAGGUUCGCGUGUUGCCGCAGUGCGGCCACGGGUUCCACGUGGCGUGCAUAGACACGUGGCUCGCGUCAAACUCCUCGUGCCCUUCGUGCCGCGCCCCCUUCGCCGUCCCGCUGUGCCAGAAGUGCGGGCAGUUCCCGGCUGUGGCCGCGGCCGCCGGUGAAUCGGAAGCUAAGUCCGGUUGUGUCGACAAUGCCGAUAACUCGGCUAAUGCUAAUCAUAAUAUUAUUAUUACCAACGGCUUCAGUAAUUAUGGUUUCUUGCCUUGAAAGCAGUUCACUAGUCUUGCAUGUAUUUGUAUAGUUUUAGACUUUUUAGCACCCUCCUUUGUUAUAGAGCUUCUUAUGUAUAUAUGUAUUACUACUCUUUUUGUAUAGAAACUUCUUUUUUGGGUUGCAGAUGAGUAAGAGUUGCAACUACU